CCACAGAGUACAGUGGUCGGACAUGAGGAAUUCUGUGAGAGGUACGAAGCGGCGAUUGUGAAUGCUGGCGGUAUUGACAUCCAAGUACUCGGCAUCGGAAAAGACGGACAUAUCGGUUUUAAUGAACCGAGUUCUUCCCUCGGCUCCCGGACUCGCGUUAAAACGCUGUCGCAGAGUACCCUUGAGGCGAACGCGCCGCAUUUCGGCGACAUUGUUGAUGCUGUUCCGAAGAUGGCGAUUACAAUGGGAGUAGGUACAAUCAUGGAAUCGAGACGGUGUCUACUGUUGGCGAGCGGUGAAUCAAAAGCAGAAGCGAUCUCGAACGCGGUAGAGGGCCCGAUUACAGCGGAGGUGCCAGCAUCGGUGUUACAGAUGCAUCCACGAACGGUUCUCGUCAUUGACGAAGCGGCGGCAUGGCAACUCAAACGCGUAGACUACUACAAACAGGUUUACACGAAUAAACAGAAACUGUUGUCUCAGGACCAUUAUAGUAAAACCCACAAUUAA